AUGUUUUAUUUCCACUGUCCGCCGCAGCUAGAGGGCACUGCACCCUUUGGCAACCACUCUCCAGGAGAUUUCGAUGAUGGGUUUCUGCGCAGAAAACAGCGCCGGAACCGGACGACGUUUACUCUUCAGCAGCUGGAAGCUCUUGAGGCAGUCUUUGCCCAAACACACUACCCUGAUGUCUUCACCAGAGAAGAGCUAGCCAUGAAAAUAAACCUCACAGAAGCCAGAGUGCAGGUGUGGUUCCAGAACCGAAGGGCCAAAUGGAGGAAAACAGAGAGAGGGGCUUCCGACCAAGAGCCAGGAGCCAAGGAGCCCAUGGCAGAGGUGACGCCACCGCCCGUGAGAAACAUCAACUCCCCGCCCCCGGGGGACCAGGCCCGGAGCAAGAAGGAGGCCCUGGAAGCCCAGCAGAGCCUGGGGAGAACUGUGGGUCCCACAGGACCUUUCUUCCCCUCUUGCUUGCCGGGAACCCUCCUGAACACGGCCACCUAUGCCCAGGCCCUGUCCCACGUUGCCUCCCUGAAAGGCGGCCCGCUGUGCUCUUGCUGUGUCCCAGACCCCAUGGGACUGUCGUUCCUUCCCACCUACGGCUGCCAGAGCAACCGCACGGCCAGCGUGGCCGCCUUGCGCAUGAAGGCCCGCGAGCACUCCGAGGCCGUCCUGCAGUCGGCCAAUCUCCUGCCCUCUGCCAGCAGCAGCCCCAGCCCCGCGGCCAAGCCGGCGCCCCCUGAUGGCAGCCAGGACAAGAAUCCUCCCUCCAAGGAACACAGUGAGGGGGACAAGAGUGUAUGA